UUCCUUGUGUGUGUUUAAUGUAUUGAUGUAUACAUGUAUAAUAGUUGUUAAUGGGUUUGUGUACAGAGUAUACCGAAAGCAUAGCAUAUCGCCGUUAUUUGCUUUACACCCAACAUGAUGCCGCCGUCGAAAAAAUAGUUUCGCUUCGUUGUGUGAUUCAGUGCCAAAAACCUGAUUUCAUCAGUGCAAACCUUGCAAAAUUGUUUUUUUGCAAAAAUGCCGAAAGAAGACUGCAAGUAUUGGGACAAGUGUUACCAGAAAAAUGAAGCACAUUUGCAAAAAUACAAUCAUCCCGACAAGAACACAGAUACACCCAAGGAAGCAGAGAAAUCCCCUAAGAAAAUAACAAAACGGCGAUCAUCCGAAAUGGAGUCUACUUCUGGAACAACCACCUCAACGAAGGAUAACAGCGAUACGCCGAAAGAAAAGGACAAGUAUGAAACCGAAGAACUGAGAAAAGAAGCUUUGGCCAAUAUCAGUGGAAAGGAUUACAUGGCCUUGCUGCAGAAACGCAUCAAAUUAUCAGAGCAACAGGAAUACGACAACUUGUUAAAAAGUCAUGAGUUUAUACGCCACAAAUUUCUCGUUGAAAUGCCACCGGAUUUCUAUGCCUUCUGGAAGUUUUUGGAACAGCUAAAACCCAAUUUGCAGGGUGAAGAAAUUUUAAAAUAUCUUGAAAGCCAAUUCCAAUUGCUGGCAGUUGGACCAUUUGAAUUUUUGGCGGGAAAGUUCAAUCAAGCCAAACUACACGAACCGGGUGAUUAUUUGAGACACUGGCGAUUCUAUUAUGAUCCACCUGAAUUCCAGACAGUUUUUGUGCGCAAAGGCACGGGAAUACAUUAUGGCUAUUGGCGUGAUGAUCCUCAUGACAAGGAAUCGCUGCUGAUGGCCCGUAACGAUUCUACAAAGAAUUGUGAAUUCGAUUUUAUUGCCGCAAAUGUUUUUGAUGCAUUUCUAUACUUUUUGGAUAAGGAUUUCCAGGGAACUCCCUUUACGGCCGGCACUGUGGCCAAUACCAAGAAAUCUUUACAAAAAUUUAUUGGCUCCUGUGAAGUACAACUAGAUGCUUUGGACAAAAUACGUCGAGCACGCAGUUCCAAAGUGGUUUGCAAGACAUUUCAUCGUGCCGGCAUUGUUGUACCCUAUGAAUCAAAGACUCAGCUGGGUUAUAGACCCUUAAUUGAAAGUGAUGCAGAAUUGAAGAGGAUUUUAAAACUGUUUGAUUCAGCCGGCUCGAAUGCCAACGAUAAAAAUGAUGAAGUAAAAACGGCAGUAAUGGAAAAGUUGCAACCCAUUGCCACUGCUGCAAGCAUAGCCGUAGAUGAGUGUGAUUUUGGCACGGCCUUAGAGUUGGGCAUUGAUCUCUUCUGCAGUGGUUACACUCAGCUGCAUAUGCUUGCCAGUAGCCUUUUGGUUCAGGCAUAUUCCCUGCUGCAACGGCCACAGUUCAUCGCCAUAUCAAAAGCCCACCUAGAACAAAGAUCUAAGGGUCUUAAUCUAAGCAUAUUCGAUUUAGAGAAAUAAAGUUUUUUAUAUGGAAUU